AAAAAAACAUAGGAAUUACUCUUUUGACUAAUCGAUAUCAAAUGUUCCUUUCAUUUCCCUAAUCAGACCUCCGUCCUCCGUGUAACCAGGCUCAUUCGCAGAGAACAACUCAAAAAUCCAAAAUCAUUCCACUAAUUCACCUCUCCAGGCAUUCAUGUUCGGGAAAACUUUCAAGCCUGCAAAAUGCAAGACUGCUCUGAGGCUUGCGAUCUCUCGUAUAAAGCUGCUGAAGAACAAGAAGGAAUUGCAGUUGAAACAGACGAGGAGGGAUCUGGCUCAGCUUCUUCAAUCUGGGCAGGAACCAAGUGCCAGGAUCCAGGUUGAGCAUUUAAUAAGAGAGCAGAAUAUUAUUGGAGCAUAUGACUUUAUUGAAAUUUUUUGUGAGCUAAUUGUGGCACGACUGCCCAUGAUUGAAUCGCAAAAGAAUUGCCCUAUUGAUUUGCAGGAAGCAAUCUCAACUUUGAUUUUUACAGCUCCAAGAUGUGCCGAUAUUCCAGAACUUUCAGAAAUUCGCAGCCAUUUUGGGUCAAAAUAUGGGAAAGAAUUUGUUGCCUCAGCAGCGGAGCUGCGCCCAGAAUGUGGUGUGAACAGGAUAGUUAUUGAAAAACUAUCUGCUAGAGCUCCCAACGGAGAACAAAAAUUAAAGGUAAUGAAAGAAAUAGCUAAGGAACACCAAAUCAAAUGGGAUCCAACUGAAUCCGAAAAAGACCUUUUGAAGCCCCCUGAAGACCUGCUUAAUGGUCCAAGCAAGUUUGUUGGGGCCACCAAAUUUCCGACAGAGCAUAAGAAGGAAUCUUACCAGUCUGUAUCUGGUAAGAAGUAUGAACCCGAAUUUCAAGUUUUUGCAAGCAAAAUACCAAACAGUUCAGGAACCUCUCACUCUGCAGAAGCUACAAAUUCUAGGGCAUCCUCAAUGAAUAAUAUUUCCAAAAGUUCUAACACUUUAGGUACGCCACCUAUUGAAGAUUCACAAAGUGAGAAAAGAAACAGAGUGGACUCACCUGUUUCCAGAGGCAACGUUGAGAAAAAACCUAUUCAAGCUCCAGGAAGUGAAAACAAUAUGAAAGCUACAAAUUUGCAUCAAGAAACUUUAGAAAAGAGGCAUUUUGAUUCUCUUUCCUCGGGUAAAAGGAACACAUUGAUCCCAAGAAAUACUCUUGGUGAUGAGUAUGAUUCAUCUCAGCAAUCAGCAUCCUACAAGGUUGAUCAGUCUAAUGCAGCUGUUGAUUCAUCUAAUGUGUCAAGUGAGACUGAAGAUUCUAACAACAAAGACUGGAACAUGAAAUUCAAAGAUGCUGCAUCUGCUGCUGAGGCGGCUGCUUAUUCUGCAGAAAGGGCAAGUGAAGCUGCAAAAGCUGCUGCUGAACUCUCAAAGCAUAAUACAGUUCAAAAGCAAUAUUCAAGAAAAAAUAGAUCUACAAGCUCAAGUGACGAGGAGAUGAUGGAAUUAAAUAAUUUACGAACAUCUAGUAGGCCUGGUUCUAAUGAGUCUGUGCAACCUGAAAAUCAAACCUUGCAUGGUAAUGAUUUGUCUGGUAAGCAUCAUGUUGAAAGUGAUUAUGAGAUUCUAAAGUCUCAUAACAGUGCAACUUGGCAAAGCAAUCAGCAGAAAGAAACAGGAAAGAUUGACGAUGGAUAUGAAUUGCCAAUGAAAAGUAUUAGAAGGCUAGAGAGUUAUCAGUGGCCUUCAGAUGAAAUCACUGGUGAAGAUACUGUGCAUGGUGCAAAGAAAUCUGCAUAUGUUAGAAGAGAAGAGAGACAAUACAUUGGCAUUAAAGAAGAGAAAGCUUAUUCCGAAAAGGACUCUGACUUUGGCAACUCUGUUGAUGGAUCGGGACCUUGGAAAAGAGACCCAAUAACUUUGCAAUCAAACACACAGCCAUCAGAGGAUUUUAAUGUUUCCUUUAACAGAAAAUCUAAGAGUGUGGAGGAGUUUGAAUCAAAGAGAGCUGAAGAUAGGAGAAAUGCAGUUACUAAGUUUCCUCUGUUUGAUGACUCUCCACAGAAUUUGCAAUCAGAUAAUAAAUGGAGUCAACAGAAGAAUGAAGAUGCCCCUGCAGUAAAGGCAAGUUGUAUGGAUGAAGCACAUAGUAAUCUGUAUCAGUCAUAUUCUGCAUUUCAACCACCUAUAUGGUCUCCUCCAGAUGUUUUUCAGUCUUCUGACUCCCACAUGCAAUACUCAUUGUCAAACAACAUUAGACCGGUAGACAAGGUUUCAACACAACCAGGGAAUGCAUCAUAUGAUUCAAGUGGAAGUGAUGAUGACAUGAGCAAUUCAAUGAUGAGGGGGAAAUCUGGUUCAAAUGGUCUCAUAGAGAGUGCAAAAUGGCCUUUUAAUGAUCAUGAUCAUUCUGGGGGGUAUUUGGUUGAAACUAAUGAGAAGAAUGGAAAAUCACAAAGGAAAGCACAUCAGCAAAAUGAACUUGCUAAUGCUGGUCAUGAAUAUUUGCCUAUGAAAAGAACUGUCAGGACAGAUAUUUAUCAUCAGCCUUCAAAUAGGAUUGAUCGUGAUAAACCUUUUGCUGAUAAGUCUCAACCUUUGAGAAGAGAACAGGAGGACCAGGUCAAUAGUAGCAGACCCAGCAGGAAUCAAACAGAUAUUCGUAAGUCAGUUGAAGAAUCACUAUCAAGGAAAGGAAAGAAAGUAGAUUCACGUACAAAUACUCGAGCAUCUGACAUUGUUGGUGAUAUUGAUGGCAUGGAAUCUGAUAAUGAAUAUGACAUGCCUAUGAAAAGAACUGUCAGCACAGAUCUUUAUCGUCAGCCUUCAAAUAGAAUCCAUGAUGAUGGCAAUAAAACAUAUGCAGUUAAAUAUCAACCUUUGAGAAAAAAACAGGAGAAACAAGGUAAUACUGGUGGAGCUAUCAGGAAGCAAACAGAUAAUCAUAAAUUGAUUGAUGAACCACCAUCAAAGAAAGGAAAUACAGUAUAUUCACGUUCAAACCUACAAGCAUCUGAGAUCUUGAGUGAUUCUGAUAGGACGGCAUCUGAGAGUGACGAGGAGACUGAGUUGGAGACAUAUAAUGAAAAUAGUGGAAGCAUUCGUAGGUCUCCUCUCUCUGGUAACUCCUCCGGCAAUGCAUCAUCAAACACCAAACAUGUAAAUCCAAAGCUUACUGGAAAUUUCUCUACACCAACACCAAGUUCUGUUAAUGAAACUCAUGCUGAUCUUGCUCAGUCAGAUCUACAGUUCCAACCUCUGAAGCAAUCUUUUUCAGGACCCACAACAUCCUCUCAGACAAGCUUUCAAUCUCCAUCCUCUGCUGGAGAAUCAAAGGCACAAAAGGAGAACUUAUCAAGACGUGCUGCACAUGUUCAUCCAAAACUCCCAGACUAUGAUGACUUAGCUGCCAAGUUUGCAGCCAUGAAGAGACAAUGAAUUGUACUGUAUUUUGAAUAAGCAAGAUGCUACUAUUAUCUGUUGUAGACUAUUCAUUUCUUCAUAAGGGAGGCUUGUCCAUUCCCAGUGUUAUUUCUGAAUAUCAUUUGCAGUAUAUUCAGGCUUUCAGCAUUUACAUCUAGCAAGAAUUUGGAUGAAUUGUUGUUUUCAUCAUUCUUUUUAAGUGGCUUAGGUUGAUAUAUUUUUCUUAUCAGAAACUAUCUGAUUCCGACUCAAUUUCCUGUAGAAGGGCGGCUCUUUGAUUUGUUCUUGUAGCAGCUAUACAUAUGAUUAAAAUUAUUUUUAAUUUAAAGUGGCAAAUUCAACCA